AACUUAAUUGUCUGUCUUUGUCUUUUUCCCAAUAAUUUAUUUUUCUCUCUUCAGUAAAUUAAUCUUGUACUAAAAUGCAAGAUAUAAGGUUCAAAAUUGAAACUGUGACAAGUACUAAAUUGAAAGGAACAACAUGGGAAGAUGUUGAUGUAGGUGAUAUUGCAAUGAUUUUUAUUUCCUAUCGGAAAACAGUAAGCCAUCUCCAAUUUUCAUAUGUCAAGGAUGGAAAUUUUUCUCUAUCACAGAGACAUGGUGAAAAUAUAGAACAUCUGGAAAUUAUCAAGCUAGAUUAUCCCUCUGAAUAUCUGAUUGGAGUAAAUGGUCGUCAUGGAAUAUCAUUUGGAACUGAUAGAGUUUUGAAAUCAAUUACAUUUGUGACCAACAAAAAUUCCUAUGGACCAUUUCCAAAAAAUAAACCUCUUUGUAUGGGAAGUGAAGAUACAGAGUUCAACAUAAAUAUAUUGGAUCAUGGUUGGCUCAAUGGAUUUCAUGGCACAACUUGUGAAGGUCAACUUGAAAGCUUUGGAGUAUAUAUCAAGCCUAUACCAAUAAUUACACCUCCAAAAAAAGAUACUGGAUCAUGGUUGGCUCAAUGGAUUUCAUGGCACAACUUGUGGAGACUUUGAAAGUUUUGGAGGAUACACCAAGCCUAUACCAAUAAUAACACCUCCAAAAAAAAAAAAGUUGAGUGUGAUAACAUGGAUGUAAUUGAUGGUUCUGUGUACAUAUUGUAAAAAUACCUAUUAGUUUAAUUUUAUACCCAAAGUUAUAUGUGUACUUUUAAUAUUACUAUUAUAUAGAAGCAUGGGUCUCAACCCAUGCUUCGUGGUCCGUUAAGCAUUAAAAAAAAAAGUGUGGUCCUCAUAUUAAACACCAACCAAUAUUAAAAAAAAAAAAAAAACACCAACCAAUAUUAAAAAAAAAAGUAAAAAAAGUGGAACCCAUCAUCUCCAAACUCAAGGAAAAAAAAAAAGUGGACCCCAUAUUAACAAAAUCAAGCAAUAUAAAAAAAAAAGUGAAUCCCAUAUUAAAAAAAACAAUGAUAAAAAAAAAGUACAUACUUUGUAUUCGUAUCAAACACUAAUAUAAUAAAGUUUUAAAUACGGAGCACAAACUACAAUGUUAUAUUAAUCGUGUUUUGAACAUAGUAUCCCAUAUUGACAAAAUCAAGCAAUAUUAAAAAAAAAAGUGAAUCCCAUAUUAAAAAAACAAACAAUGUCAAAAAAA